AUCGAAAUCGACUCUUUGUGUUUACAUGUCUGUCGCUCUCUCUCUCUGUUGAUAACGACGAAGAGUAGCUAUGAAAUACCAUUAACAGAGACUACAACACAAACGUCAGCUUGAGCCCUACCAUGGUACAAUGGCACCUCUGCACUCUAGAGCACCUCAUGAAUUCAGGUUUUGGCCGUCCUUUUCCACGACAUGGCCUCCAGCUCCUGUUUUGGUUUGCCAACCACUGUGUGACCUGUGAACUCAUUAACUCUGUGCUCGUCAUGAAGCUGGUGUCAGAUUGUCAACCAGAGAGAGGGUUCUUCGGCUUCCAUCUGUUUGGUAAUAAUGAGGGGCUUCUGCCUGUACUGAGCAGGCCCAGGAGGGGCAUGAGUAAGAGAAAGAUGGCUUACUUUGAAGUUGGCAACCUGAACACAGAAACCUACCCAUCUUCUGCAAACCUCCCGACAUAUGUGAGGGAAAAUUAUGAAUUCAAUGGUAACUGUGUUAAUUACAAUAUAGACCGCAUCAUCAUCAGUUACCAGGUGAGAACCAGGGUGGUAGAGACGGUGUAUGUCACAGAGCAUGACACAGCUGUCUUUGGGAGGUUCAGUCCUGACAGGACUCAUGAAAUCAGCUGUGAACUGAUCCAAGCCCUGCAGAACCCACAGCUAGAUCUCACCACCUUUCUCACCCAGAUGGGCUACUAUGGAGAUAUGGUGGUGGUUCAGGAUAACAAUAUAGAUGAGACACACUACCUAGAGCCCUCUGCUCAGCCAAUGUAUAACAUGGUGCAGACCAACAGUGGAUCCACAACAAUGGAGCAAAGUGACAACUUAAGAUUCUUCUCAGAAGCCUUCAAUCAGCAGCUAAAUGUCAACAUAGAACCAUUCAGCUCUGACCAGCAAGGGUACUACACUGUCAACAUAACCCAAUACAACAGCGGACUUGCGGUCGAAGUGCAACCUAAAUACAGGAGGCCUAAAGCCAAGAAGAGACAACAAGCUUUGUGGCAAAGUUAUUGCCAUUCUGAGUGGGAGCGGGCUUAUAAAGGUUUUGCUGAGGAAUCCAAUAAAAGGAAUGGAGGAGGCGGUGGAGGCGGCGGCGGCAUCGGCCUCAUCAGAAUUCUCCUCAGUGUUGGAGCGCUCUACUUGGCAGCCAGAUGUUUCAGCUGGCUGAGGAGCUGGUGGAAGACGGACUUGAAUGAACACGUUCUCAAGAUGAUACCGUGGAGGACUCCAAGUUAUCAACGUACACAUAUCAUGCUGGAUUAUGUGUAUUAGAUUUUUAGGGUGUAACUUUUGUAAUAACAUAUGUUGAAUUCCUGAUAUUCUGUACAAUUAUUACUAAAUAUGUGUGAUAAGUAAUUUAUAAUGCACAGGAGAUGAUCUGGAUUGAUUGAGGUCCUGCUUAGUGGUGAAGUCUCAAAAUGUUAUACUCCAUACUGGACUUUUUCAAACUAUUUUCCAUACUGGAAAAAAAUUACAUUGUAACAUUAAUGAUCUUGUAAAGAUCUUAAGCUUAAUUUUGAGAACAUGAAACAAAACUAUUAUUAGACUGUGAUAAUGAAUUGUGUUCACAAAACUGACUGAACUAAUAGAGAAAAAAAAUACAGAAAUUCCUUUUAGUCCAUUUUUAAACCUAAAGAUGUCAUGAUUGUCAGUCAUUGUCAAUGAUGAAUGAUCGAUUACAUUGUGAAGACUGAAGUUGAUUAUAUUGUUAUAAAUUGAUGAUAAAAAUAAUUUUAUUGAGGCUAAAGUCAUUGUCUUGUAUAAUGUGUAUAUGACAAAUAAAAAAAACUAA